AUGUCAGGUAUGGUCAACCAGUCUAUGCCAAUGGUUGCAAUGUUUUUAAGAAAUAAAUUCGUUGGUUGGUUUGCAUUGAUUCAAUCCUUCCAUUAUUAUUUAAACAGUGCUGAAGAAGAUAACGAAUUCACUAAAUUAGAAAAUAGACCAAAGCCAGAAACAAACCCUGCUGAACAAACCCCAGCUAUUAGAAUUGCUCUAUCGUUAUUAUCGUUAUUAGUAUGUUACAUGGAUAUCAUCUCUCCACAACCACUUCCACCAACACCAGUUGAAAAUGAUGUUGAAGCUGAAGUCAAGGCUUAA